AUUUUUCUCGUAAUAUUAUUUAGUUCGUCCAUCACAAUACUUCCUAGCUGUGAUAUGUCAUGGGAUAUUUGUAAAGAUCAAUAUUUUAUGUUUUUUUUUGGACCGAAACUGACGGUUUUUCGCUACUAAUGAUCUGUUUGGUUGCUGAGAGAGGAGAAAAAAGAGUGUUGGGACUUGACAGAACCUCAUUUGUUGGAUUAUAUUUUAUUAACUUUUUGGCAGGUCGCCAACUUUUUGUUUAUACUUUGGUCGUGAGUGACAGACAAGUAAGCUGACAAAGAUUUGCAGUGCUAAUAAGCAAUAAUAUUGGAUCUUAUGAUUCUCAAAUAAAAAGGACCUUCAUAAUAUCACUUACUACUUUUGGGGAAGGAAUUUGAUCAGAUGCUUGAGCAGCGUAUUGUACAUUUUUUUUCUCGCUUGUGGUUGCAUCCUUCAUCUUUAAUGGCCAACAGAGCUCAAAUCCAUACUAGCAACUCAGCACUCAUUGCCAUGAUUGCAGAUGAGGACACUGUAGUUGGAUUUCUCCUGGCUGGAGUGGGUAAUGUUGACUUACGAAGAAAGAUAAAUUACCUUAUUGUGGACUCAAAAACAACCAUUAAACAAAUUGAAGAUGCAUUUAAAGAGUUCACCACCAGGGAGGACAUUGCUGUAGUGCUGAUUAGCCAAUAUGUUGCAAAUAUGAUAAGGUUUUUGGUUGAUAGCUACAACAGACCAGUUCCCGCUAUUUUAGAGAUUCCUUCAAAGGACCAUCCUUAUGACCCUACACAUGAUUCAGUUCUUUCACGAGUAAAGUACCUCUUUUCGACAGAAUCAGUAGCAUCUGGGAGGCGCUAGUUACAGAUGUUUCAGUUUUCUUGAUGCAUUCCUGCCAGACUACGUUUGAUCUGUUUUUCCAUUGUACAUCAAGAAAAUAAUGCAUUAAGAAGUUGACCAUCCUUCUUCCUAUCUAUGUAAUCUAUUGUAAUAAUUUGGAUGCAUGUUCUAAUGAUUAUUCUAAUAAAUGAGUUUUACAAGUAA